AUGAAUAGCACCAGACACCAGUCUCUGUUCUUUGUCAGUCUGCCUGAGCUGCAAAAACUCUGUGCUGCUACAGUAACACUGAGUUCUCAGAUACCAGAAACUGAGGCAAGGAGUACACAGAUAAAGACUUGCAGGCAGUUAUUAUUCCUGUAUCAAGACAUCCUUUCUGCACCUGUUAUGGGGACCCUGGAUCAAAUUUCGGUUGUGAUGGCGAUACCAUUUUACGAAUCAGGAAUAUGUCAAGCCUAUGUAGAGAGACACGGAGCUACUCUGGAAGCACCGCAAACAGUUACUCCAGCCCUUCUCCAAACCUGUCUCUCCUACACCCUUACAGCCAGGCUUGCACCCAGGUGGAACAAGGCUGGUCAUCUCUUGGUGCAAGGGAAAGACUUUUUGUCUCAUUCAGGAAGGCAAAAUGCUGUUGUUAUAGACCUCAAUGUGUCAGAGAGACAGCUUUGCAUCAGUGUGGAGCCUUGCUCAAUUCGGCUGCCACCCCCCGAGCUGGCAGAUUUUGAUAUUUCAGCAAACACCGUAAAGCUGUUUGACAGCAAUGAAAACACAGUUAUUCAGCAACAUUCCAUAUUAAGUAACUGGUGUUAUGUUUUGCCAAGCAUGAAGAUGGGUCAGAUCAUAAACAUCAGCCACAUAAUUCCUCCAGAAUCUCCUUUCCGUUCAUAUCAAGAUUUUCAAAUGCACUGGAAGAGUCUGUAUGGAUAUAUUCUUCCUGAGGAUAUUGAAGAGACAAAAAUAUACCUGAGUGUUUACUUCAAACCAAUAGGGGAAAGGUUCUUCACGUACCCUUUAAGUUGCAUCCGAAGUCAGCCAGUGCAGUAUUUCCCCAGAACAGAUGCAGAAAGUGUAGUGAACACUUUUCUUUCUGACAUGAAGAGCAAUUUUUCACAGCUGUGUGGAUUUCCAGUAAAGAUGACAAGUAAAGCACUUUAUGCUACAAAGGAAAUCUCCAGGGCUUCAGUGCAUGAAAUAAAACCUACGCAUACGAAAUUGGACGGUGAGAUGGUUUGUGUAGUAUCUCUAUCGCAGGCUCCUCCAAGAAAACCUACUUUGCCUGGAAUUCUUUCACCGUGCAGUACGGAAAAGAGCCACUGGAUGGAGCGUUUGAUCAAAGAGCCAGGAACAAGCAAUUUUUCGAGUAGCAGUAAGAGUCCAGGAGGGGUUAGCAUUGAAGCAACAGAGAUAUCGAUGAGCAAUAAGCAAAUACCAAGCGUACCAGAGUUACCAGCUGCAAAAUCUUUAGGAAGACCUGUAAAUUCAGCCCUUGAAUCCACGCUCCCAAAAGUCAGCAAAAUUAUACCAAUUUUCAAAGGAAAGUUGAUGCAAAUGAAUGGAAAGAUCACAAAUCAAACAGAUAGGAAGAGAAAGGAAAAUGCUGAAAGGCAUUCACCAAUAAAAAAUGUGGGUGUUUCGUCUUCUAUGCUGUCUGUGCACAAAUCCAGCAUAACUCAGCUUUUCAAACACAUUCAAAAUAUGCCAGUCAAAACUCCUACUGACAGCAGUGUGCUUCAGGUAAAGAGCAUGAAAACACACACAAAACAUGGUACACCCAUAUUCCGAUGGAAAACCCAGUGUAGUGGACAAAUUACUAACUCUGAUUUUUCUGAAAACUCAGCUUCAGGUGGGAGUCCAAGUGAAGUUAAUCACAAAAAGGCAAAUUCUCCAUUCUUUCUUAAGAAUGUUGGGCCAGUGCUUCAGAAAUCAAACACCAGUCCAUGUCUGAACACACAUGAAUCUUCUACUUCCAAUGCAAGAAGGGGGAAAAAGUUUACAAGUCAAAAUACUACUCAAUUUCUUGAGAAACAACUCCAGUCAAUGGAAGUGCAGAUUUGUAAAUUAGACAGUGAAAUGACAAAUUCCAGUUUGUCACUGCAACAAACAAAGAGAUCAAAUAGAGGAGCUGGGUUAAAUAUUCAUGAAUCUGUCUUCAAAGAUACAGUGUGCAUGGCCAAAAGUGAAGACAACAAAGCAGCAUGCCACUCUAAGGACUGUACUGCAGAGACAACCAGUCAUCAUUCCAAACCUAACUUUGAACAGAUGAUUACAGGGAACAAGUAUCUGACAUGUGAAACACUGACCUCAAAACCGACUUUGCCAGUCAAGGAGAGCAACAUGGAAGCAUCUGUAAAGACAACUUGUGCCAGAAGAAGACAGCAGAAAGAAGAAGGUUAUUCAAAGUUAAAGAGAGCCAAAAGAAGUAAAACUUCUACUUAA